AUGAUAGUAUUUUGCCAACGUAACCGUGUUUGCCCUGAGCCACAUUUGGCUCUAGGCACAAUCAAGCAAGCAGACACCUCCUUUGUUACCAUUCUGGUUGAAGACACAAUUGGUGGUCUCCAAGUUCUUCACAAAUAUACUUGGGUUGAUGUAAAGCCAGUGAAAGGAGCUUCUAUUGUCAAUAUUGGUGAUAUGAUGCAGGCAAGGCGUGUAGAUGUGAAGGAAGCUCUGAGACUUCAGAAAGAAAACAACUUUGUCAUUCUUGAUGUGCGACCUGAAGCAGAAUUUAAAGAGGCUCAUCCACCAGGUGCCAUUAACAUACAAAUAUACAGGCUUAUAAAAGAAUGGACAGCAUGGGACAUAGCUCGCCGAGCUGCAUUUGCAUUUUUUGGCAUCUUUGCUGGGACAGAAGAAAACCCAGAAUUCAUACCAAGUGUGAAAUCAAAAUUAGAUAAAGAUGCAAAGAUAAUAGUGGCUUGCUCUGCUGGAGGUACAAUGAAACAAACCCAGAAUCCCCCUGAAGGUCAACAAUCAAGGUGAUCAAACUUAACUAGAAAAUU